ACCAUAAAUCGAUAGUGUAUUGUGGGUAUGUUGGCAAGGAAAAUAUUAUGGCGGAUUGUUUACAGCAAGGGCUCGAACUACUGACUACACUUUUGUCGAGCUCGCUAGAACAAGACAAAGACAUAAAAUCACUGAGCUGUACAUAAAAAAUCAGUAAUAAUUUAGAUUCUAGUAAAAGAAAACAGUUGAGUGUCUCCUGAUUAUAGAAAAGUGUAAUGAGUGUUAGACUCAGAGUCAGAGUAGUCAGAGACUUAGCCGACAAAGUGAACCAUUUAAUGGAUACAGGCCUGAUAUGAAGACUGCGUGUAUUCUGAAGGCAAUCUCCUCAAGCAAUCAUGUGUCACUGUUGUUGUAUUGGUCAGCACAAUAGAGUACUAGUAUAUUUAUGACAAAAACAGUUACACUAUUUUUCUUUUUGAUAUGUUUGCGGUAAAAUGAGAACUCAUAGGAAAUACCUGCCUAUGGAUGUCAAAAGAAAGAGCUAGUUGUUUUUCAGUACUGAGGAAAAAUAUAUUGUAGCUGUGUUCGGACAUGAAACUAGACAAUGUGAUGAACAAAUACGAAGUCAUUGAUAUUGUAGGUGAAGGAGCCUACGGAGUAGUAAUGAAAUGUCGACACAAGGAAAACGGAGAGAUGGUCGCUAUCAAAAAGUUUAAAGACAGUGAAGAAAAUGAGGAUGUUCGCAGAACCACCAUGAGAGAGCUCAAAAUGCUGCGGGCUCUAAAACAAGAGAACAUUGUGGAACUCAGAGAGGCCUUCAAACGUAAAGGGAAACUGUAUCUAGUCUUUGAGUACGUUGAAAAGAAUAUGUUGGAGUUACUUGAACCGUGUCCUAAUGGAAUUGCUUUUGAGAAAGCACGGAGCCUAACUUAUCAGCUCUGUAAAGCUGUUCAGUGGUGUCAUUCCAGAGACAUCAUUCACAGGGAUAUCAAGCCAGAAAAUCUUCUCAUCAGUAAAGAAGGAAUCUUAAAACUGUGUGAUUUUGGUUUUGCUCGCAGUAUAACUGGAGGGACUGAUGGACUAUACACAGACUAUGUAGCUACACGAUGGUAUAGAUCCCCUGAGCUACUCAUUGGAGCCCCGUAUGGCAAGCCUGUUGAUAUCUGGGCAAUAGGAUGCAUUAUGGGAGAACUAGCUGAUGGUCAAGCUCUAUUUCCUGGGGACAGUGAGAUAGAUCAGUUGUAUGUCAUCCAGAAAAUCUUAGGCCCUCUUCCUGAUGACCAGAUGAAGUUGUUCCAUAAGAAUCCGAGGUUUCAUGGACUGAAGUUUCCCGCUGUUAGAAAACCAAAGACAUUAGAAAAACAUUAUCAAGGGGUGCUUACAAGUGUAGCCCUUGACUUCAUGAAAUCAUGUCUGCAUCUAGACGCUUGUGACCGUGCCACCAGUGAGGACUGUGUGAACCAUAUCAUCUUUCAGACAGACCGUGCCUUGGACAGACACCCCUGCCUGCCAGUUAAGAUAAAUACUAGUCAUAAUACAAAUAAAAGAAGGAAAACUGAUCAUCUAGACACAGCACUAGAUAGGGAAAUAACUAUAACACAAGAUGAAAACCAACAUAUGGAUAUUGAACAAGAUAUUAGUGCAGAGUUUCAGAACACGAAUGAAACAUCUAAAUAUGAAGCAGGUGAAAAGGACAUAGACUUUCAACCAGCUGUGCAAAGUAAAUACUUAAAGCAGGUUAGAAACCAAACAACUGCCAACAGUACCAGAACUGGAAUGAAAAGUGCCAAAAGUUUAACUAUAAAUGAUGUGUCUGAAAAUUCUAAAGACGUCAAUGCAGACAAUACUGACAGCCAUCUUAUUUCAUCCUCUAACCAAGAUGCAAAUGACAUGAAAUUUAAUUAUGAUUCCUCCAAUACAUCUAAGCUUUUUGCUACUAAAGAAAAAAAAAUGGAACUAUCUGAGAACAUUCUCUCUGGCAAUGAUCCACCAAAAGAGCUCAGAAAGAAAAGUGCCAUUGAAAAAGCAAGCAAAUUAUUGCGAUUGGAGCAAAACAAUGUUCAUAUUCGAAUGAAAGACGAUGACAGAUUAACCAAGCCAGAAAUCAAAACCAGCUUUUCUAAAUCUGAUCUUGACUUCCAUGAAAAAGACAGAAGCAAUGAUGAUCAGUCUUAUAUCGCAUUUAAUGACAGUCACAAAAAAACGAGUGGCGGUGGAACUCAUAUAGAAAAUCGGCAUUUAACUACUUUUGCAGACUUCAGAGUUGGUAACAUUCUUGAGUUUUCUCAGAAUGCAGCUAAUAAUACCUCCUUGUCAGUGAAGAAACCUAUAGACAAAGGACAUGAUGAUGAAUCAGGUGAUUUUCAGGAAAAGUCAGAAACUCUGGACUGGAUGAAUCAAGACUCCAGAUUUCUCAAGGGGAAAAAUCUUACUAGUGAUAAAUCUCCAGAUGCAGCCACCUUCAAGCCUAGGACCCCAGGGCACAUUGACAUAGACAAUUCAUCUCCCGAAGGUCAUAUUAAGCAAAAGAUUGUAGGCCAGCAUACCAGCACAUACACCAUGAGUGUAGAUGCCCAUGGUCUCCUGAGCAAUGGAAAUAACAAAACCUUCACCUCAUAUUCAUCAAGUAAAAUCACUUCUGGGAGCAACAGUCCAACAGAGAAAAAGAGAUUCCUGAACCCAACAACACAAAAUGAACUUCAGAGAAUCAAGUCUGGCACAACACUGAAGCCAAAAAUGAAAGAUAGAGAAAUUAGAGACAGCAACGCCCAUCCAGUGCAGGCCAUCACGGACAAGCUGUCAGAUGCGAGACUGCAAGGUGCUUUAGGAACAGAGAAGGCUUGGGAUCAAAGUUAUUAUGUUCAAUCAAGACUAUCAAGAAAUAGGCAAAUAGAUAACUCAGCAGACGCAACUAAUGGGCCAGAUUACGCCCCAGCUCAAAGAGAAUACAGAGACAAUCGCUUUCUGCAGACACACACCAGCAGGCAAUUUGGCAGGUAUCCUCCAUACAAUUUAAGAACUGAAUCUCCUUCUGUGGUGCCUUUAGCCUCUUGGCGGAUGUUAGACGGGGCCCACAGUAAUGUUUAUAAUCUUGCUAGGAAGAAAAAGAAAAAGUUCACACAGAUUAUUGACCCGUAUGAAGAUGGCAGGCUGUCACCGUCAGUAAACCUUAGGAACAUGUCCCGUCUAUCUCGCUAUGAGCCAGCUGAUGAUAUGAACUCUACCAAUGAUCCAUGCAGUCCACGUGACCCAGCACGCAUGCUGGCUGCAACACCUGUCCAUUAUCAGGAAAGCAGCCUGAGCAGAGGAACUGAGCAGCGGAGGUCAUUUAAACAGUCCUUGAACUUGAGACGAGCAGCAGCAGUGACAAACACACCAAAUGACAGAGUGGGUAGACUACAGCCUCUCAGCAAAGGACAAAGCUCAUUGAAUCCACCUCAGCAGUAUGAUGUUUCUCCAAACUCUAAAUCACUUGGCAGGGCAUUUGAAUCAAAAACUGGCACCAGUACAUCACCUGAUGAUGUAAGAGCCUUGGGGUCUAAGUCCCGCCAGGGAUUGAUCCAUGUUGCUGAUGACCCCAGUGCAGUGAACUUGGAUGGAUAUAACUCAAGAAGGCUGACAAAACAGGGAAAGCAACUCUGACACUUGUGAGAUAACUAAAGCAGAGAACUUGAUUCAAGGAGGCAUUGUUCACUUCUAGGGCAGCUGUGUAUCUGUUGUAAACAAAUGUGUCUAGAUAGAUCUUCCUUUAAGAUGGUUUCAUUUCCUAUGUUGAUGGUGCCACAUUACCCCAAUCAUGAAUUUUUAUUUUUUAAAUCUCUCUUUAAAACCUAACAACAGUUAACUUCUUUGAUACUGUUUUGUAAUUUUAAUUUUGAAGCUACAAAAUACAUAAGAAUUAUAACUCCAACAAUACCUUUGUCAUUUAGUAAAAGUAAUUAGUAAUUUAACAGCUAAAAAGUUUUAAGAAAAAUGCUGAUAUGUGUAACAACUUUUUUUAAAAAGGAGUUAAAAUACUAUCUUAUAUAUGCCUCUUUGUAUGGAAGUUUAUGAUUCAGUGUAAAUAUAAUAAACAUGCAACUCUAAAAAUUAAAUGUAUAUGUUGAGAUAAUGUUAAAAAUUAUGGCUACAUUAAAUGGCUACAUCAUUGUAUCAAAAAUUUCAUUUAUAAAAUUUAAUAUCAAAAUCUUUGUACUCCAAAAAUCCAACUUAUUAUAUUUCUAUAUUACAAUUAUUUUCCUUUUUCUAAUUACUCUAUGGCUCCUUCUAUCUCAGAGGACAAUGUAUGCAUCUAUUGUAUAAUUCAGAAUAAAUGCAAUCUGUAAAGCAUUGCAUAUUUGGUGAAUGUUUAUUAAAAUAUGAAAUAAAUUGUUUUCAAGUGUCUUUGAAUAGAUGCCUCUAAUAGUUUCAAGCCAUGGUUUUACAAAGACUGCACAUGAUUUUCUGCAGUUACACAUUAAUAGCUGCUUGAAAUUGAUAUCAGCUCAUGUUUUUCUAAUGUGUGAGGUUUUAUUAUUGUUCUUUGAAGUUAGACAUGUUUUAUCCAUAUAAAAUAAAGAAUCCAUUGUAAAUAUAUUACAUAACAGUGUAUAUGAAACAAUAAUGAAGCAUAGUUUUUUUUUAAAUGUUACUCUCAGACUAAACUAGUCACAGCCUAAAAACUCAAAUGUGAGCAAAAAUAGAGGUAGCUUUGACAUCAGAAAUAGUGGUGGCUGCCUGGUCAUGUAUCUCAGUAGUCCCUGGUUCUAGCCCUGCUCCCGUAAUCCCCUGCUGCCCUGCAGAAGGUUUUGACUAGGGUGUAAUCAUCUUCAGUUCUAAAAGAGCAUCCAAAACAAUGAUGAACAGUCUUGACUUGAAGAAGAUUUCUAAUCCUUUCAAAACAUUGCACAACUGAAUGCCUGCAAAUAAAUCAGAUUUGAUAGUUUUACAAUUUUAGAGUUAGGCUAAGGACUUUUUUUGUUCAAAGUCAGGAAUCGUUACACUGACAGCUCAACUUAAGUAUUACAAUAGUGCAGAAUGGUUUGUCAAAUCAGUGCUAAAACACUUGGUGACCAGUAUAAUCUGAUGCCAUUACCAUCUCAUGUUUAUUUAUCGAAAGGCUAAGAAGAUUUCAUGUGUUGGUUCAUUGACAGGUUGUACUACUUCUUCAGUUGACUCACAUACCUCCUCAAAGUGUUUUUUUAAAUAAUUCUUAUGAAAAUACUUCACUUCUUAUCUUGCCUUAAAAUGGGCUCCACCAAAUAGUUUGGCAUGAUAGGUUCAAUUGAUGGUAAAUCCUACUUGCCUUGAAUUGUAAUUGACAUGAUGUGUGUAUAGUGCACUUGAGAUAACUACUAGUCAGUAUUUAAGGAACUAUUUCAACAUCUUUUGACAAUUCACAAUAACUUUUGUUCAGAAACAGUUUUAAAAAGUUGACAAUACAAAUCUUGAAAUGUAACUGUUGACAGUUUGAAGUAUCCCCUAUGAUGUUUAGUGAAGCAUCUUUACUUAAUUUUUGUAUUUAUUCCAAAACUGUAUUGAGAUAUUGAACUCAAUGUUUGUAUACAACAAACUAUCAAGCUGGAUCUUUCUGACUUUAUUAGGAUGAUACUUUUAGAUAAAGUCUAUUCACUUGGUUAUCAAUCAAAAAAUUUAAUCAUUUGGGGUAGAGGGUAGUGUUACCCUUCUCAACCCUGCAAUCUAUGGGGGCUGAUGAUGUAAAGCACAUCUGUUUCUAUGGCUGAGGUUAAUGGGGUUAGAUGUAGUCUGCAUAACAAUUCCCCAAUGUAUGUCAGGUACCCAUUAGAGUUGGGUGGACUCAGGGGUGUCCUGAAAAAUCAUGAAGUUCAAAAUCCCUCAGUUCAGAAGUCAAUCCUGGACACCAUGCACCUGAAUCAUGUCGAGCCACUGUUUAUUUUAUAAACAUAAACUGAAAUAAUUAUCAUUCUGCAACCCCCUUUUCAUAUUAAAUUCUUUUUUUUUUAAAUAAAUAUUAUCUUAUUUUGUUCCACUUCCUCUAAAAAAAAAAAACACAGAAAUCUUACUUUUACAUAUUCAAGCAUAAUUCUUUGUUCUUUAAAGGAUAGAUUAUAUAUAGGUUACAAAAGUAUUAGUCCUUGAUUCUGAAAACCAAAAUGUUUUAUAAUUGUCUUACGUUUAAGAAAAAAAAAAAAGAUGUGAAUCUCAAUGUAUUGAACACAAAUAUUUAAAUAUAUAUACAUUAUGUAUGCAUAGUAAUCAAUGUCUAUUGUGCCAUGUCUGAUUGACAAUCAAUUACUGAAUGUAAAGAAUUUUUGAAAUUAUUUUAAUAUGAAACUAUAUAAACAUUAAUGAAUUGUAUAUGUAACCACACAUUCCAGAAUGUGACAUGAAUUGUGAUAAUAAACAAAAACAAUUAAUAACGAAA